AUGGCCAACUCGUCAGCAAAGCUCCCCGUCGUGCGUAUUGGCACACGCCAAUCCAUUCUGGCCAACGUUCAAGCCGAAAGUGUUCGCGACGCUCUACAAAAGCAUUUUCCAGACAGAUCCUUUGAGGUCGACGCCAUGCGUACUCUCGGUGAUCGCGACAAGAUCACGGCGCUAUACAGCUUCGAGGGCAAGAACCUGUGGACAUCUGAGCUUGAGGAGAAGCUGACAGCAGGCAAGGUUGAUGUGAUCGUUCACUGCCUCAAGGACAUGCCGACAAAUCUUCCCGACGACUGUGAGCUGGCCGUCAUCCCCGCCCGCGACGACGCCCGCGACGCCCUCAUUGUCAAGGCGGGUCUGCCGUUCACGAGCCUGCAGACGCUACCCGAGGGAGCCGUCGUGGGCACGUCUUCAGUGCGGCGUGCCGCCCAGCUGCGCCGCCUGUACCCGCACCUACGCUUCGCGAAUCUGCGCGGCAACGUCGACAUGCGGCUCGCCAAGGUGGACAGACCCGACGGCGAGUACGCAUGCAUGAUUAUGUCGGCAGCGGGGCUGGAGCGCAUGGGCUUGCAGAGCCGCAUCAGCCAGCUUCUCGGCUCGCGCGACGGCGGCAUCUACGCCGCCGUCGGCCAGGGCGCGCUGGGCCUCGAGAUACGACGCGGAGACGCGGCGACGCGGGCUCUGCUGCGACCUAUGGCGGACGAGCGGGCUACGCUGGCGUGUCUGGCGGAGCGCGCUCUGCUGCGGCGUCUCGAGGGCGGGUGCACGGUGCCGGUGGGCGCCGAGACGGAAUGGGUCGCGGAGCACGGCGAGGGGGCACGCAAGCUGCGGCUUCGGGCGAUUGUGGUGAGCCUCGACGGCAAGACGGCCGUGGAUGAUGCGCUGGAGCGGGUCGUCGAGACAAAUGACGAUGCCGAGGCGUUGGGCUAUGGUAUGGCCGACGUUCUUGUCAAAGCUGGUGCUCGGGAUAUUCUGCAAGCUCUAAUUGCGAACCGAUCUCCAAAGGAGUAG